GUGGAAGCAACCCGUUUCGUCUGUUAAAUUUCGUGGGCCAUUCAAAGCUGCUUGCCAUGAAACAAUCUGAGAGAGAGAGAGAGAGAGAGAGAGAGAGAGUAAACACAUCCACACUCUCUUGAAAAUGGCAGGAAUUGGUUGCUGCUUUUCUCCAACACUCUCCUCCCGGAGCAACUUGCGGACACCUUGGUUGGUAUUUGAGACUCAUCGAGGGCAGACCGUGACAGGGAAACCACUUCGUCGAAGAAAUUUGAAAAUCAAAGCAGUAGUCAAUUAUGUAAGUGCAGAGGAAGCUAAGGAGCUUGUAGCAGUUGAUGGUUUCACAGUUUUGGACAUUCGAGAUGCAAAACAAUUCGAUAGAGCGCAUAUAAAAUCAAGUCAUCAUGUUCCCCUCUUUAUUGAAAACAAAGACAAUGAUCUUGGCACAAUAAUAAAGAGGCAAGCACAUAAUAAUUUUGCGGGUUUGUUCUACGGUUUGGCAUUCACAAAACUCAAUCCUGAUUUCGUGGAAUCUGUGAAGAGCAAGUUUUCACCAGAAUCUAAACUGUUACUUGUCUGUCAGGAAGGACUAAGGUCUACAUCCGCUGCUCAAAAGCUAGAAGAAGCAGGUUUCAAGAAUGUAGCAUGUGUAACAUCAGGGCUUCAGUCAGUAAAAUCAGGAAUGUUCGACACUGUUGGUUCCACUGAGCUGAAAGAUGCAGGCAAGGCUGGUUUGGUUACAAUUCAAGGCAAGAUCUCUGUCGUGCUUGGAACUGUACUCAUCUGUGCGUUUCUUUUCAUAACCUUCUUCCCUGAUCAAGCAGAGAAGCUGCUCGCAUUGGCCCCCGGAAGCUAGCCGUUAGAAGAAACCCAAUUUUUGUGGUGUUUUUUGUAUGCAUUCAGCUUGUGAUUAGAGGAUUUGAAUUCCGGAAAUUUGCAGCCAAAAAUUUGUAUUGGGGAAUUAAGAGAGAAAAAAAACUGAAGAUCUGUAAAUGGCAGCGCUAUAAGACACCACAUGAUUUUGGUAAAUUUAUUUUCAGGCUACUGUUAUCAUAAAA